GGGGGCGGGGCGCAGAGCUCGCGGCCUGGCACAGACGACGGACGCGGCGCAGCUUGCAGCCCUGUGGAGCGGCCGUGGGCCCAUCCCAGCCUGGCACCAUGAACAUCUUCGAUCGCAGCAUCAACUUUGAUGCCCUCUUCAAGUUCUCCCACAUUUCGGCCUCCACCCAGGAGCACCUGAAGAGAGUCUAUGGCAGCUUCGCCCUCUGCAUGUUCGUGGCAGCUGCGGGUGCCUACAUCAACGUGGUGACCCACCUUUUCCAGUUCGGGCUCCUGACUGGCCUGGGCGCACUGGGGCUGAUGGUUUGGCUCACGGCCACCCCACACAGCCGUGAGACAGAGCAGAAGCGGCUGGGGAUGCUGGUUGGCUUCGCCUUCCUCACGGGCAUCAAUCUGGGACCUUUCCUGCAAAUGUGCAUCUCCAUCAACCCCAGCAUCAUCCCCACUGCAUUCCUGGGCACUGCCACCAUCUUUGCCUGCUUCUCACUGAGCGCCCUCUACGCCCGGCGCCGCAGCUACCUCUACCUAGGAGGUUUCCUGCUCUCCGGCCUCACCCUGAUGCUUCUGUCCUCCCUGAUUAAUGCCUUUGUGAGAUCCACCUGGCUCUUCACGGCCAACCUGUAUGUGGCGCUGAUGAUCAUGUGUGGCUUCGUGCUCUUCGACACGCAGCUCAUCAUUGAGAAGGCGGAGAGUGGGGACAAGGAUUACAUCUGGCACUGCGUUGAUCUCUUCCUUGACUUCGUCAACAUCUUCCGGGAGCUUCUGAUGAUCCUGGGCAUGUCCGAGAACAAGAAGAAGGAGAAGAAGUGAAGCGGCUCUGGGCUGAGGCGGAGCCACCCCUGUGUCCCCAUGUCCCCUCCUGUCCCUCUGUCAUUAAAGGGGCUGCGCUUUGCUGCCGAGGAAGCAGCCAGAAGCUUUCGCACCUCGUGGGUUUUUUCUCCUGUUCAGCUUUUUUUUGUUGUUUUGUUUUUGAUUAAAAACCAGCCAAUUUGUGGA